UCACCCACAUUCUUCCUUUGUGGUUUGGCAACCUCAUUUUAGGGUUGUUACCCGAGAACCUUCUAUCUGCUCUUUUUGUUUGGUUUUUUCUUUUUUUUUUUUUGUUUUUGUUGUUGUUUUGUUUUUUGUUUGUUUUUGUUUUUUGAUGAUAAUAUAAUUACAACAAUUCUCUCCUCCCUUCUCCGCAUCCAAACCCCCAUGCACCCCUCCCCCUCUGUCGGGCCUUGAAGAGUCUUCCGGCCCGGUGUGAGAGCUGUUGUCUAGCUGGAGUGGGUAGCUUCGCCGCCCUGCUGUCUGUUCUCGGCUGAUGUGAAAAUGCAAGUAGGCACAGGAAACGUAUCUAUAACGCAUCUAGACUUCCUCUCUGCACGAGGUUUCACAACCCCGGCGGCAGGAGCACGCCCCUCCCUCCGCCCCCACCCAGUGUCACCAGCCUGGUGGCCCUGAGAAAGUCCCACCGAGGGGGCCCCCCCAUGCACGGGGAGGCAUCACCAUUUCCCUCUUGCGCCCUGUUCAGGUCGCCAGAAAAUCUCAAGCGCUCUCUGAGACUGAGGCUGGACCCGCAGGUCCCUCCUUGGCGCAGAUGAGUGUCUGGGUCACCGGCCCCAGACUGUUGCUGUUUGGACUCCAGCUGUUUGCCAAGGCCUGGAGCUACAACCUGGACACGCGGCAUGCGCAGAGCUUCUUGGCACACGCUGGAAGACAUUUUGGGUACCAGGUCUUGCAGGUCGGAGAUGGGGUCGUCGUGGGAGCUCCAGGGGAGGGGAACAGCACAGGGAGCCUCCACCACUGCCUUCCAAGCAGUGGUUCCUGCCAACCGGUCAGCCUGCACGGUUCCAACUUUACCUCCAAGUACUUGGGAAUGACCCUGGUGACAGAUGCCGCCAAGGGAAGCCUUUUGGCCUGUGAUCCCGGGCUGUCUCGGACGUGUGAUCAGAACACCUACCUCAGCGGCCUGUGCUACCUCUUUCCCCAUAGUCUGGGGGGACAGAUGAUACAAAGUCGUCCUGCUUAUCAGGAAUGCCUGAAGGGCAACGUGGACCUAGUGUUUCUGUUCGACGGUUCGAUGAGCCUGCAGAAAAAGGACUUUGACAAAAUCCUGGAAUUCAUGAAGGACGUGAUGAGGAAACUCAGCAACACUUCCUACCAGUUCGCCGCUGUUCAGUUCUCCUUAACGUACAGGACGGAGUUCACCUUCUCAGACUAUGUGAAACAGAAGAAAAACCCUGAUGCGCUGCUAGACAACGUGGAGCACAUGCGCAAUCUGACCAAUACCUUUGGUGCCAUCAACUACGUAGCGAAACAGGUGUUCAAAGAAGAGACUGGGGCCAGGCCAGAUGCUACCAAGGUGCUCGUCAUCAUUACAGACGGGGAUGCCACUGACAGUGGAAACAUUGACGCAGCCCAAGGCAUUAUCCGCUACAUCAUCGGGGUUGGGAUGCGUUUUAGGAGCACAAAUAGCCAGAAGACCCUCCAUAUAUUUGCCUCAAAGCCCACGGAGGAAUUUGUCAAGAUUCUGGACACCUUCGAGAAGCUGAAGGAUCUAUUUGAUGAUCUGCAGAAGAAGAUUUACGCGAUUGAGGGCACAAGCAAGCAGGACCAGACGUCCUUUAACAUGGAGCUCUCCUCCAGCGGGAUCAGUGCAGACCUCAGCAAGGGCCAUGCAGUUGUGGGAGCAGUGGGGGCCGGGGACUGGACUGGGGGCUUUCUGGACCUGGAUGAAGGCCUGCAGGAUGCCGCAUUUGUUGGGAAUGAAAACGUGACCUCAGAUGUGAAAGGAAGCUAUUUGGGUUACACUGUGGCCUGGCUGCCCUCCCGUAGCUCCAAGCCGCUCCUGGCUGCAGGGGCCCCACGAUACCAGCAUGUGGGACAAGUGCUGCUCUUCCAAGCACCAGAGGCCGGAGGACACUGGAACCAGACCCAGAAGAUUGAGGGGACUCAGAUUGGGUCUUACUUUGGUGGGGAGCUCUGCAGCGUUGACUUGGAUCAAGAUGGCGAGGCAGAGCUGUUGCUGAUCGGGGCACCCCUAUUCUAUGGGGAGAGGAGAGGAGGCCAAGUGCUCGUUUACCAGAGAAGACAGUCGCUGUUUGAAAUGGUCUCCGAGCUGCGGGGUGACUCUGGCUACCCCCUGGGGCGGUUUGGGGCUGCCAUAACCGCCUUGACAGACAUCAACGGGGACGAGCUGGCCGACGUGGCGGUGGGAGCCCCUCUGGAGGAACAGGGGGCCGUGUAUAUCUUCAACGGGCAGCCUGGCGGGCUCAGUCUCCAGCCAAGCCAGCGAAUACGAGGCACCCAGGUGUCCCCAGGAAUUCAGUGGUUUGGACGCUCCAUCCAUGGGGUGAAGGACCUUGGAGGGGACAGGCUGGCAGACGUGGUUGUGGGAGCUGAGGGCCAGGUCAUUGUGCUAAGCUCGAGGCCCGUGGUGGACGUCGUCACGGAGAUGUCCUUCUCCCCCGACGAGAUCCCGCUGCACGAGGUGGAAUGCUCCUACUCUGAAAGUCAGGAGCCGAGGAAAGGCGUCAGGCUCAAGGUGUGCUUCCAGAUCCGCCUCCUCACGGCCCGGUUUCAAGGUCGCCUGCUUGCCAACCUUAGCUACACCCUGCAGCUGGAUGGCCAUCGGACAAGGAGCCGAGGUCUGUUCCCAGGAGGAAGCCACGUGCUCAAUGACAAGACGUCGGUCACCCCGGAUAAAUCCUGCCUGGAUUUCAGGUUUUCCUUCCCAAUCUGCAUUCAAGACCUCAUCUCCCCCAUCAACCUGCUCACCCACCUGUGUUUGCUCCCACACACUCUGCAGGUUAGGGACAUGCAGCCGAUCCUGAGACCAUCCAUACAUUCCAUGACUAAGGAGGUCCCUUUUGAGAAGAACUGUGGCGAGGACAAGAAGUGUGAGGCAAACCUCGCCCUGUCACCCCCGGCCAGCCCCGGAGUCCUGCAGCUGACGCCCUCUGCCAGCCUUGCUGUGGAGUGGACACUCAGGAACUCGGGAGAAGACGCUUACUGGGUGCAGCUGAGCUUGCUCUUCCCUUGGGGGCUGUCCUUCCGCAAAGUGGAGAUGCUUAAGCCACACAGCCAAAUCCCUGUGAGCUGCGAGGAGCUCAGCGAUGAGUCAAAUCUCCUGACCAAGACGCUGGCGUGCAAUGUGAGCUCUCCCAUCUUCAAAGGAGGCCGGCAGGUCAGCCUCCACGUGAUGUUUAACAUGCUGCCCAACGGCUCCUGGGGAGACUUUGCCGAGCUGACCGGCACCGUGCACUGUGAGAACGAGGACCGAGGCCUGCUGGGGGACAACGCAGCCACCACCCGCAUCCCUGUGAUGUACCCGGUCAACAUCUUCACUGAGGACCAGGGGAACUCCACUUUCUAUAUCAGUUUCACCCCUAAAGGUCCCAAGACCCAGCAGGUCCAGCAUAUCUACCAGGUGAGGUUUCAGCCUUCUGCCUAUGACCGCAACCCGCCCAUGCUGGAGGCCUUGGUUGGCCUGCCGCAGCCUCUCGGUGAGGGCCCCAUCGCACACACGUGGACUGUACAGACGGAUCCUCCUGUCACUUGCCACCGAGAGGACCUGAAGACGCCACCCAGCGAAGCUGAGCCUUGUCUGCCUGGCGUCCAGUUCCGCUGCCCAAUUGUCUUCAGGCGAGAGACCCUCAUCCGAGUGAACGGGACUGUGGAACUCUCCAAAGAAAUUAAGGUCUCCUCCACACUCAGCCUCUGCAGCUCGCUCUCCAUCUCCUUCAACAGCAGCAAGCAUUUCCAUUUGUAUGGCAGCAAAGGCUCCAAGGCCCAGGUCUUCAUGAAGGUUGAUUUGGUCUAUGAGAAGGAUAUGCUUCACCUGUAUGUGCUCAGCGGCAUUGGGGGUUUACUACUAUUGCUGGUGAUUUUCUUCGUGCUCUAUAAGGUUGGCUUCUUCAAACGGAACCUGAAGGAGAAGAUGGAAGCUGAUGGAGGUGUUCCAAAUGGAAGGCUUAGUGAAGACACCAACCCCCUGGCAGUAUCUGAGGAAGAGACCAAAAAUCUGGGGUGUCUAGAGCCCCUUCAGGACAGUGAACAGAACUAAGGCUUAGGCCUGAUACAUUGACGGCCCAGGUGCUAACCAGCUUCAGGCGCAUGUCACUCUCUCCUUGUCUUGUGGCUGUUCCUGGAUCUCAGUUUCCCUGUCUUGCACGUAGAGCUCAUUCCUACAGUAUCUACAGGGCCUUGGUAAGUCGGCUGAGGGAGGCCAGGAGGGCCGUCGGUGAAGCCUGGCUUCUGCUAGCCUUCCCUGUCGUCCCCAACAAGAGAAUCUUUGACGUAAACUUGGAGAAACUGUCAUCUUAGGACCCAGUAAUGCUCCAGCCCUCCCAACUGCCCUUGGCAGUCCCAGCCUUCCGGAUCCACCCAACACUUUCUCCAGCCUGGAGUCUAGCCCGGACUCUGCCACCAGACAGCAAAUCCCACCUGUGUCACCGCGUCGCUACUGCAGAUGCCCUCUUCUUGAGUCAAAGACAGCAUUCUUUGAGGAGCCUCAGAAGGCCUUAGAGAGUCAGGCCCCAGUGGCCUUCCCAGCCUCCUCAGGAGCUGGCCACCCCUCCUCUCUCCUGCCUCUCCUUCCCAGGCUGCAGGCACUUCGGCCUUUCUCAGAGUCAUUCCCCUUCCUGUGUUGCAGCACCCGAUCUGACGUUCUCUUCCCCCUGGAACAUUUCUGCCUCCUCCUGUCCUGGCUGAGGGACAGCCUGUUCUCGACUCUGUCUGCUGGGUUGUGUUUGUUCUCUGUCUGAUGGUUUAUUUGAUUUCUACCUCUUGGUGAGCUCCUCGGGGUUACGGAAUGUUUCCUGUUCACCUUGGGAAUCUCUGGUGACAUCACAGGGUAGGGAGGGUCAUAGCAGGUGCUUGAUACAGUUUCAUUGACUUGAUGACGGGGGCAGCGGUAAGGUAGAGAGAUGGCACGGAUGAGCCGCUGGCAUUGCAUCUUUCAAGGCUCUGCCCUGCCAGGCUCCAUCACACCCUGCUCAGCCCCCCAACCCCAGCUCCCACUCAGGAACCCCAAUACAAAGCGCACGUGUAGUAGUUUGAAUGAGAAAUGCCCCACAUAGGUGCAGGCAUCUGCAAACUUCAUCCCCGUUGGCCGCUUGGAGAGGUUGCGGGGAGGCGCAGCCGUGCUUGACGAAGGGGAAAGGGUUUGUGAGAGUUUUACAACUUGCUCCGCCUGCAGCUCCCUCCGAGCUUCAUGCCUGCCGUCGAUGUGAUCUCCCAGCUUUCUGCACUGUUGCUGCUGCUGCCUGCUGUGCGUCUCUGCCUUCUGGACCCGUGAGACCAGACUUCCUCCCAUAAGUUGCCUUGAGUUCUUUUCUGAGACUGACACUCCACCAAGGACCGUGUAUGGAUAUAACCUAGAACCUCUGCUCGGAUGAAGCCCGUGGUAGCUCAGUAACCAAUUGGUUUCCCAUAGUGAGGGGAACAGGGAUAUUUCUGACAGGAACUCAAUGGCAGGCUCUUUGACCUCCCCAUCCCCCAAGGGAGGAGCAGUCCUGUUAGGCCACAGAGGAGGACUUUGCAGCCAGUCCUGAAGAUACCUGAUAAAACAGGGUCAGAUGAAAGGGGAGGAGGUCCUCCCCAUCAGUGGACUUGGAAAGGGGCAGGGAAGAA